GUGAGAGAAGGAGCCCUUUGGACGAACAGAGAACACGACGGCAACGAUAGACAAAUUUGGGAACGAAGAACGCUAAUAGUCCCAAUAAGGAUGUGAAGUGAAAGCAAGGUGGUGUUCUGGCAAAAGGUUUGUUUUCGAUUUUCGAGUCGAUUUGGAGUGCAGUGUAGUGAGACGAGUUUGUUUUGACUCGUGAAUGGAUAUUGUGUCUACAACUUGUUAUCAACUUUGAAGCUGGCUGACUUCGGGUAAGGUCGGCCAAAGAGAGCGCAUCAUGUCGGUGGAUCUUCAUUUAUCGCAUCAUGGGUCGCCCCCCAACUCUUUACAAAUGGUGCCAGUCCCGGAUGAGACCGAAGAGGAAGAUCCGGAUAUCCUGGAUCUGUCCGGACAGAAUCUGGAAAAACUCACCCGAGCCGCUCCCGAUUGCCAACUGAAUACCACCACUUUGAUUUUGGAUGAUAACUUGCUUCAACGAUUGGACAAUAUCCACACAUACCAGUGUCUCGAAAAACUGUCUGUCCAGAGCAACCAACUGAUCCGGAUGUUUCAAGUAGCCAAAUUGAGUCAUCUCAAGAUUCUGAACCUGGCCCAUAACCACGUGGUCACCAUGGAAGGACUCAAAGAGCUCAAACUACUCACUUGGUUGAGCCUGGCUGCCAAUAACAUCAAAGCUAUCGAGCAUCUCAACCAGAAUGUGCAUCUUGAGCACCUUGAUUUGUCUGACAACGCCAUCACCACGGUAGCGGAUAUAUCCUAUUUAAAGAAUCUGAAGACGUGUCUUCUCCAUAAGAAUCGCAUCACAACUCUCCAGGGAUGUGAGCGCUCCCUUCCCACAGCCUUGACAGCCUUGACUUUGAACGAUAACGAAGUCUCAGACCUGACGGAUGUCUCUCAUCUAACGGCCCUCCAAUCCCUCGAGCAACUCACCUUUGCCAAUAAUCCUGCCAUUGAACAGCCAGAGGACAUUCGGAAGCAAUUUGACUAUCGCCCGUACAUCAUCAACUGGUGUUUGGGCAUCCAAGUCUUGGAUGGAAUCCUAGUGGGAGCUAAAGAGAGCUUGAAAGCGGAGUGGAUGUACAGCCAGAGCAAAGGACGGCAAUUUACCAAAGGAUACCACUCCGAUCUCUUGGAUUAUCUCGUGGACACCUGCCCUCUACAUCCGGAUAAGGAUUGGCAAGAGGACAAAAAACUCAAUCUCAUCCUUUCCAAAGUCCAGGAGCACCAACUCAGUCUCCGACAAGAACUGCCUUCGAGUUGCCUGAGCAAUGGUAUGCCUCAUCCUGGUUCUAGCACUUUACCUAGAUCUUUCACAACCUCAUCAGGUAAUGAAGGCACGCCUCGACGAAACUCUUCUUCCUUUGAGCCUUCAGCCGGCAUCGCCUCGCCAAGGACUCCUUCAAGGUCCGUGAGUGCCACCCCAACUCUUCAGCGACGGAGCUUUCAAUCGAGAUCGGGCAGUUUCCGGACAUCCCGGACCUCUCCAUCCCCGGUGAGAAGGGCCACGCCCCUGCGCAAUCAAAACGACCCGCCCAAAGUGUACCGGGUGGCUUUGCCUCGAACUCUAUAUGGGGACGAUAUUAACGGAAACCAAUCCAACGGCGGCACUCUCAUGACCCAAAGUAUGGAUCCCAGUCAACUGGGCUCCACCCUGGUCGAUAGUGGACAUUUGAGGACGGCAGAAUCCGUCAUGAGUCAAAGUAUCACGGAUGAGCGUCUCUUCCGAACCACUGGAGGGUCAACAUCAUCUCGACCCAACUCAUUGUUUGAGCACAGUGACAAUGAGAUGCAGGUCCAGGAUCUUUCAGAGAACGAGUUGGGCCAAGCCAAGCUGUAUCACCGCCUUCAGAACCGCUUGAAUCCAGUGCCCGAAUCAUUAAAUAGUCCCGAUGUGCCGGUCCCGAAACGCAAGAAUCAACGAGAUGAUCCCAUGAUGUUGUACAAUCGGGAUUUCACCGCCUCGUUCCCGUCCGCUCAGGUCCAAAACCCAUUCCAAUCUUUGCCCCUGAGUGCCAGCUACCAUGCCUCAGUCCAGGGAAAUGGUGGACGGGGGGAUAGCAGCUCCAGUGAUCCGGAUAAUAACAUGGUGCCUCCAGCCAAACCCGUUAGCAAGUCCAAACCCAAGGCUCGACCCACUCGGCUCCUGAACCGCAACUCUUCAUCCGUGGGGAGCGGGGUUAUGAGUGGAAAUAAUUCGCCGAGGCCGGAAUUAAGAUCGAACUCCAUGGGUCCUCGGGGUAAUAUGGAGGUCCGAAAGUCCCAUCCUCCGAAUCGGCAGGUCAAUGAUUUGAAAAAAAACGAUGACAAUGUUCGAAAGAGCCAACGGUCCUCGAGCAAUCGAAAAGUGGCUCAAACUUCAACGGCCGAGGAUGAUUCGAGCCAUAGUGAAUCGGAUAAUGAAUUAGCCAGGCAGAGGAACCAAAAGUCCAUGGGACGCGAAACCACUCCCAAAGGUUCAAGACCCUCAAGUGCUCGAAAUGGGAAGAAGACGAAUGGAUUGAGAACGGGCAAGGGCGCCACUGGAUCAGGCUCUGAUGUGGAGAAAAAGACCCCGAGGUAUGUGGCGGAUAAAUAUUCGUCGGAGACGCGACCAGAGGGUCCACCAACACGAUCCAGACCGUCGAAUCGACCGGGCAGUGCCCCUAUCAAAAGCGCAGCUAAGUCAAACCAUUCCGUCAAUCGUCAAAGGUCAAAUACCUUGAACAUGUCCAACCGGAAACAAACGAAUUCUACAGGUUCGGAUGUCAUGUCGAAAUCUCAAUAUUACGACCGGAGCACGAGUGUCACCUCCAAUCCUGAUCCCAUGACAAUGUCGACCUCGACGGCCUCCACCGUGAUUCAAAAGACUUGGAAAGGUCACCACACCCGACACAAGGACGAAAAAGUCCAAGAGCUCAAGCACGAGGUGCGCUCCAUGAGGACCGAAGAGCACGUCAAAUAUCUCACCAAAGAGCUCAAUCAAGCCAAAUCGGCGUUGGAGCAAGAGCGCAAACUCCGAUCCUUGCAAAUGGACGCCAUCAAGGUCCUAUGGAAGGAGGUACAAAUGAUGGAUGCCACGAAAAACAACGAGAAAGACCGCUCACGCCCUAGCGGCAGUUUUGGGAGCAAGAUCAGCUCCAGAUCCUCCGAGCACUCCAUUGCCAAACUCAUGGAGACUCUGGAAGCCACCGCUGGCAACAACGGGUCCAACUCGUCCAAUCUGCUGACGCCCGCCAAAUCCACGCCGUCAAGCGAAGGUCUCAAAUCGCCCAAGACUCCGAAUAUGGAAACCAUUCACAAGUUGAAUCUCACCUGCAAUGGUCUUCAAACCCAAGUGGAACAGCUCCAGUCCAGCUUGAACGGGGUCCUGAAGUUCAUGUCGGCCUUCUCGUCCAACAUCGAACGGACGCGACACUCUAGUUCCACGUCCACCACCCAAGAUACGGCCUCUUUUCAGUUCUACCACACCCCUUCGGCCACCGCCGCACCCACUUCACUUCCGCCCAGUUUGUUCUCGUCCAUGGUGGAGCCUCAUCAUCCGGGGAUGUACACCAGUUGGGACCCGCAUCAUAUGCCUAAUGACGACUUGGAGGCCAAUCAAAACACGCCCACCUCGAGUGCGGUCAAUAACAUGUCUCGAUCUUGCGACAGCCUAGUCCAAACCGAACUCUCGGGUAUCGUGACGCCGCUUGUGGAAGAACAUAAAGGCCAGAAAGGCCUCCGGUUCCAAUUGGGUGUGGUCGAAGAGGCCAAAUCCAAUCGACCUUCCUCUUUGCCGGGAUUGAACGAUCCGAAGGUGAAAUCGCAGAAAAGAUCCAAAAUCCCGGGCCUGAAAACUUUGGCCGGUCAAGUGGUUCUGGCCUCGCCCAAGGCCCCACCCCAAGUGAAGGUGUUCGCCAAGAAUCUCGUGGAUGAGGCCUUGAGUGAGACCAUCUCCAAAGCCAUUUCCGACUCGUUGCAAUUUCAAGAUGAUGGGACGGACAUCUCGAGCUCCUGGGCCCAUGACGAGGAUGACACGAAAUCACCGCCCACGCCCACUCACUACGAGAUGUCGCAUUCAAGCAUGGUUGAAACGGACUCGCUGGAGGAGAACAACUCGCCCAAGAUGGUCAAAGCCAAAAGUGGUCAAAGCCAGAAGUAGAUGAGCCAAAUGCAGCAGAGGAACACUAGCCAAAUACAAAAUACAGCUUCUCGUACACAAUGCUUAGUUUAUUUUCCGAGACAAUAAAUGCCCGUCAACAUUCUCUCUUAACACAAUCGA